AUGCUUCACCUAUCAACUCAACCUCUUUCUGGCUAUGAGCACAACCACCACAACCACCUCAGCCACCACAACAUUAACCAACAUCACCACCAAGGACCGAUCCCGAUCAUCGCAACCGAUGAUGCCCAAAUCGAAGACUCAAUCACAAAUCCUCAUUAUACAUUCACCCAAGACUACCACCAUCAGUCAAGCCCAAUUCUGGAGUUCAAAUCUGACCACCCAUUUAUGCAUGUGACACAAGAGCCAAACCAGGUGUGUGACCCCUUGUUGGACGAAGUGUGUAUUCUUGGUCAACAUCAAAAUACAACCAACCACAAUAACGAAACCGACAACGACAACCAAGAAGACAACGAAGAAGAUGAUGAUGACGACGAAGAAGAAGAAGAAGAAGAAGAAUAUGAUGAUGACGAAUACGAUGAUGAAUAUGAACAUAAAAUCGAAACCAACAACAAUCAAUACAACCCUACAAACUUUCGCCUGCCAUCCUUUCAACAUUCUCAGUACGAGAUUGCUGACCGGGCAUUCUAUUGCACAAUCGAUAAGUUUGCCCGCCAAAACUAUCCCGAGCACAGACGAAGGGCUCCCUAUUCGUUCCUUGAGAAUUGGUUUAUGCACAGCAUGUACAGUAAAUCACAAAAGAUUCUUUUGGGUAUGUCAACAACCACACCUGUAGUUAUCCUUUCCGGGGACGAUUACAUGUUCACCCCUCCAGUCGCACAAAACCAAUCACAUUUUCAAGAGCUACUCGAACCAGAGAACCACAGACUUGGACAUGAAAUUGAAAAUGAAAAUGACCAAGAAGCACUCGAUUACGAUAAUCUGAUGCACUCUUGGGAGGAUGAGAAUUUCGGACACUACGAUGCCGAAUUCGAAGACUAUGACUACCAAGACAGUCUCUUUGACCUCUCUUGCCCUCAAGACGUGGUGCCCUGGAGAGAUGCGUCCGACCAAAGACUCCAUUCAAACGAGUCUAACGGAGAACAGGCCUGGAGUGGCGAGCAAUGGCAUCAAGAAUGCUUUUAUUCAGUCGAUCUUGAGGAACAAGCAACAGACAACAGUAGACGCCGAUUGGUCAAUUCUCCAUUCUCAGUACCUGACCCCAUGUUGCGAGAUCAUAUCCCCAUGACAAUUACUAGCUCAGACCAAGUCCAAGAACGAGGACCUGAAGACAAUGAUAACUAUGAUGAUGAUGGUAGUGAUGAUCAGCCAAGUGACCGAGAAACAUCUAGCCGCCCAACUCUAGAAGAAGACAGGAGCUCAGCCGGAUCUUCUACUUCCUCAUACCAGUCCUUGGCUGACAUCAUGUCCGCAUCUCUAGAACACAACCCUAAAUCGGCCAACAACAAUAGAUAUGGUAGUACCGUGGUCGCAUCCACACGUGCCUUUUCAUGGAAAUCACCAAGCUUGUUAUCUAUUGAACCCACGGUCGGUCUUUGGGAGACACUCUGUAAACGUACCGUCACCGCAUCUGAAAGCCUUGUCCAGACCACCUCACUCGUGCUCGAACUUGCCUCAGCCGGCGAUGUCAACAAGCUGAGUGGUGAAGAGAGUGGAAUCAAGAACAGUCGCAUGUUUCCACGCCCUUCAAGGCUCUUUCGAUUCACAGUCGGUAUUCUGUCUGUGUGGCGAACACUAUUUGUGUGUGCAGAAACCCUUUUGAGCGAUCUCUGGGGACCAAAGUGUAUAUUCAAAUCUUCGACAAACAGUAAUAAUAGUAAUACCAAUAAUGCUAGUAAUAGUGACAUUUAUUGAAUAUAUACAUAUAUACAUAUAUACAUAUAUACAUACCAAUUCAAUAACGGAAUUUUCUUCUUUCUUCUUUUUCAUUCUUUGUCCUUGUCUUUUUCUAUAUUCAUUUCAAUAUACAUCUAAUCAUUGUGUACAUAAAAUACAUAUACAAUAAACCAUAAUAAAAUAAUAAAUAAUGCAUACAUUCCAAUAUC